AUGAUUACUAGCGCCGAUGAAUCUCCUGUCAAUGGCCAGGCAGGAAAUAUCACCCCAAGCAAGAUCACGCGUGCUGAUUUUCCCCCUGAUUUUGCAUUUGGCGCUGCGACUUCAGCUUAUCAGAUUGAAGGUGCAUGGAAUGCAGGAAGUAAAGGCAUGAGUAAUUGGGAUGUUUUCACACAGACUCAACCUGGUGGUAUUUCCGACAAUAGUAAUGGCUGUGCUGGUAUUGAUCACUACAAUAUGUUCCGGGAAGAUGUGGCUUUGAUGAAGAAAUUGGGUUUGAAUUCAUACAGAUUUUCAAUUGCAUGGUCAAGAAUCUUGCCAGGAGGGAGACUAUGUACUGGCGUAUGUAAAGAAGGAAUUCAAUUCUAUAACGAUCUCAUCGAUGCACUCUUAGCAGCAGGAAUUGAACCAUAUGCAACUCUCUUUCAUUGGGAUAUUCCCCAAUGUUUGGAAGAAGAGUAUGGUGGCUUCCUAUGUGACAACGUUGUGAAGGAUUUUUGUGAAUUUGCUGAGACUUGCUUCUGGGAAUUUGGUGAUCGAGUGAAGUAUUGGAUCACACUGAAUGAGCCAUGGUCCUAUAGUGUUUGUGGAUAUGUGCUUGGUACUUUCCCUCCUAAUCGUGGUAAAGCUCCAACUACUACAGGAGAGGCUAAACUGCAUUCUAUUCUUCAUAGAGGUUGCUUUAGAUCUCAAAUUGUUCGCAAGAAUGGAGAUCCCGGCAGAGAACCGUAUAUUGUUGCACACAAUUUGAUCAUUUCUCAUGCUUAUGUGGUGGAUAUAUAUAGGAGAAAAUAUCAGGAAAGUCAAGGAGGUAAGAUAGGGAUGACAAAUAACAUUCAAUGGUAUGAGCCUCUUACUGAUUCUAAAGAAGAUCAAGAUGCUGCUGAUAGGGCAAUGGAUUUUAUGCUUGGAUGGUUCGUAGAACCGAUAGUAAGUGGAGACUAUCCAGAAAGCAUAAACUAUUACACGGCUUCUUAUGCUUCCAAUGAUACAAAAACGCCGACAACUGAAAGUUACCUUACAGAUUCACACUUUGUGCCUUCAAAUGAACGUAAAAAGGUGCUAAUUGGUCCACAGGCUGGUUCUGAUUGGUUGCACAUAGUUCCAUGGGGAAUUCAAAAGCUGAUGGAGUUUAUGAAGGAAAAAUACAGCAACCCAGUCAUUUAUAUUACAGAGAAUGGGGUGGACGAAGUGAACGAUAAGACCCUAACUUGUACACAGGCUCUCUCUGAUGAGAUGAGGAUUCAGUAUCACCAUGAUCAUCUCUGCUACCUUAAGAAAGCAAUGGACGGCCCAGAUGGAAAAGGAAAUGGAGUAAAUGUGAAGGGCUACUUCAUAUGGUUGCCAAAACACUCAGCUGUAUGGUGGAGGAAUUUCCUCAGCAAGAAGGCUAUAAUUUCAUCGAAGAAAGAAGCUGAAAAACCUGAAGAUCGUCGUAAAAGGCUAAGAAGCGACUAA